AUGUUACAUAAAUGGCAUUCGAACGCCGCAAAAUUAGAAAGUCAUGUAAAGGAAGAUGGAGAAACUACCUAUGCGAAGGAAAGUCUAGGGACAACACCAUCAGAGACUAAACUUCUUGGAUUAGGCUGGAACAAAUCAGAAGACACUUUGUCAGUGACAUUUCCACCAAACGAAAAUGAAGUUACGAAAAGAAUCGUUCUGAGAACUAUGGCAAAAAUCUAUGAUCCGCUGGGAUUAGCAGCUCCUAUUCUACUCACGGCCAAAGUGAUCUUUCGAGAUAUCUGUGAUUCUAAGCUGGGAUGGGAUGCAGAUCUACCUGAAGAGCUAAAGGGGCGAUGGGAGAAAUGGUUGAAGAAUUUACCUGUACAGUUGAAAAUGCCAAGAGCAAUACCUAGAGAAAUCGGUGUGAUUGUCGAAUUGAUUCUUAAUGGAUUCGCAGAUGCGAGCAUUCUUGGUUGUUGCGCUGUGAUCUACGCUGUUAUCAAGCAAGCUGGAGUGAUUAGUCAAGGGUUCCUGAUUUCGAAAACAAGAUUGGCCAAACGGGACUUGACUAUUCCGCGCCUGGAGUUAGUGAGUUUCCACAUGCUAAGUAACCUCCUACACAACACAUUCAAAGUUCUUAGUCAUAUACGCAUUGCUAGUCAGGGAAGAUAUAAACAAUUUGUGGCCCAUCGAGUAGAGAAAAUAAAUGAGAAGGAAGAAAUCGUUUGGAAAUAUGUACCUAGUAAAGAGAAUCCUGCGGAUAUCGGUAGUCGGGGAUCAAGUGACUUGGAAACUAAUGAAAUGUGA